AUGGGUCCCCGAAGACCAGUUCCCACUUUACUGCUGAGCUGCACAGGAUACGGAGCUCGUCUGACUGUGAGUCCCAACAGCUCUAAAUUUUCUGAAGGAGAUUUGGUGGAUCUAAACUGUGAGGACGAAAGCUUUUCUGAUCAGACUCUGAGGAGAAACACAAGCAAACGACAGAGGACUAAGUGUGGAGAUGGGUGGGGAAAGCUACAUGGUCAAUCGUGUUCGAUCAGUACGCUGGUGCCUCACGACACCGGAGUUUACUGGUGUGAGUCCAGUAACGGUGUCAUCAGUAACCUGGUUAAUAUCACAGUCACUGGCCCGAAAAACAUCACAGCUGAGUCUGGACAGAACGUCACUCUGACAUGUCGAGCUCCAAACAACAACAUCACAGCUGUAAAGUGGAGCAGAGCUGAACUGAAGCCAGAUUAUGUCCUUUACUACAGAGAUGGUCACUUUGUUCCAGACAGCCAGCAUCCAUCUUUUAAGAACCAGGUGGAUCUGCAGGACAGACAGAUGAAGGAUGGAGACGUGUCUUUGAUUCUGAAGAAUGUGACGACUACUGACACUGGAACAUACAAGUGUCACAUUGCUCAGGGAAAACCAAACCAAGAGAGACCCAGUUUCGAGUUCAUCAACAGCACCUACCUUCAUGUUGUUCCUCCAGCUGAGUGAGUAGAGUUGAGUGUGUGUGUGAUCAGAGGUGAAGCUGCUUCCUGGUUGUUGAUGUUUGUUUCUAAAGAUGUUGUUGAUGAGACUUUGUAGAAAGCAGCUGGUCUGAGUGAUGUGAUCAGAG